AUGGGUCGCGUGCGCACCAAGACCGUGAAGAAGGCCAGCCGGGUCAUCAUCGAGAAGUACUACAACCGCCUGACCCUGGACUUUGACACCAACAAGCGCAUCGCGGAGGAGGUGGCCAUCAUCCAGUCCAAGCGCCUGCGCAACAAGAUCGCGGGCUUCACCACCCACCUGAUGAAGCGCAUCCAGCGCGGUCCAGUGCGCGGCAUCUCCCUCAAGCUGCAGGAGGAAGAGCGUGAGCGCCGCAUGGACUUCAUCCCCGACGAGUCGGCGCUGAACACCGCCGCCAUCGAGGUCGACGCCGACACCGCCGACAUGCUCAAGGAGAUCGGCCUGGGGUCCCUGCCCGGCAUCUCCAUCGCCAAGGAGGCCCGCCAAGACUUCCAGCAGAGGGCGCCCCGCCACUGA